ACAGGAAAUAACUUGUGGACGUCGUCAGCCUACACAUUUUCUUUCUUGGUCUUUGCUUUGACAUCUUAAGUGUCAUGCAUCAUGUACAUUUUACAUUUUUGGAUAUUUUUUGGUGCUUUGGUUUCUUCAAAUGCUCUGGACCAGUGGAAUACAAGAUGUAUAGAUGUCACCGUCAACGCCUCACUGAAAUCUGAAGUCUUUCUUCCAUGUCACUUUAAUAUAAACCAUUACAAUGGAACAUUGACAGUGAAUUGGAGCCACUCUUCCACUAUUGACCGUCUUGUAACGAUCAUGACUGAUGGCAAAAUCAUCUUUUAUAGUCCUAGUGAAGGACGAGUGAAUGUUUUUCCCCUUCGGUCUAAACAUGGAAACUUCUCCAUCCUCAUCCAUGAUCUGCAGUCUUCAGACACCGGCACCUACUUUUGUGAGCUGAACAGUGAAUGCUGGAGGGUGAAGAUCACUGAACGGAUCAGUGAGUCAAACCCCUGGUUCUACUUUGCAGCUGGAGCUGGAUUAUUUAUUCUCUUUUUUAUUGCAUUCAGCCUGUUGUCAAAGUUCUGUGGAAAGUGUAUAAAUACAUCAUCCAAAUCGAAUCCAGUUAAUGGAUUACGGAGUGAAGGUAGUAAUUCCCCCGAAGAAACACAGAAUACAGAAAGCAGUGAGCAUAGAAACAAUAACAGGAGGGGUGUGAGGAGGGGCCCUACAACUGUUUAUGAAAAUGACAUACACACUCCAAAUCAAAGUUCUGCUGUGCAGCAGGGGCAACAUCCUCAGAGAGCCUUCAGAGCCAUUCCCGACCCAACAAGAAGUCAUGCUUCGGAUGCAAAACCAUACUACGUCAACCAGGCAGAGCUCUCUAUUCCAGUAAAUGAAGGCAAAAAACGGAAAAAACAAAAACGUAACUACUUUUCAUUCUGCAUUAAAUCAUUUUUUUUUGUUUAUGAAAGAAGGUUUAUUACAUGGUACUUAUUCAAACAAUUUACUGUAGCUAAAAGUGUAAUUAUGUUGUUUUCUUUCAUUUAUCUGACAGAUUAUCAGUUUAAAAAUCCAAUAUAUGCAUAUUGAAGUGAGACUUUGACAGCAGAAUCCAGUUCCACAGAAUCAAUGUUUCAGUCUGCAUAACAUAAUUGUUAAUUAUAAACAGUUCAACAUCUCAAUAAAUUCUUAUGUUUUACAAUGAUUCAUGUGAAUAAUUCAUUUCAUUAAAAAAAUCUGUUUGUAAAGUGCAUAAAACAAUGAAUGAAAAAUGAAUGCUACAGAAUUAUUAUUAUCCUUCUGCCUCCUUUGUUUAGCAUAUUACAAACAGUAAUUAACUAAUAUUAGUUGGUCAGCAAACAUACUGGUGAGAACUUUCAGUUUGUCACAAGUUGACAUAAAGUUUUCAGAAAUUAGCAAAUACAUUGUUUGAGACUUUGAUCUGGAGGCCACUCGUUUUCUGAACAUAAUUAGUCAUAAAAUUCUCUCUUUUAAUUCAAAAUUAUUUUAAAUUA